GGAUGUCCAUGUUUAUUUUCUUUUAUUGUACCUCUACUGAGAACAGAGUGUAAGUUUAGGCCGAGCAGUCGUCCUGCGUGAGGAAUGGAUGCCACGCAAAUAAUCAGCGACUCAAUCUUGGAGUCAGACGAGGAAGAAAAUAAAGACGAGAUCGAAAACAAGAGGGGGCGACCUUUGGCUAAGCUGUGCAUCUUAAAAAAUGAACACAUCCCUGAGACAGAGUUGCCCCUCUUUUUGGGAGAUAAUGUGUUGGGCCGUGACCCCAACACCUGCACCUUGCCCCUACCAGCACCCUCGAUCUCCAAGCAGCACGCCACCAUCUGCAUCUCCGUCUACAGGAGAAAAGGGCGUCACAGUGAAGUGGAGACGGAGGCUUUGAUUUGGGACCACGGGAGCAUGAAUGGGACCCGCAAGGGCCACAUGAAGCUGACUCCUAAUGUACGCUAUGCCCUCAGUGAAGGUGACGGUUUGGCGGUGGCAGACAUCCCAUGUCAGUAUGUCAGCUGCGCUAUUGGCCGCGUCUCUUCGAAAGGAGACACGAUGGCCUCUGUGAGCAAACAUUCGGGAGUGAAUGACAUUUCGCUGGAUGGCUCGGGAGAAAAGGGAGGUGACACAAGCACAGGCGGCAAGACGUGUGUCAAUGGGGAUACAAAGGCUAGUGUGUUGUUAUCUGAUCAGGAGGACAGAGGGAAGACUUCUGUCAGGACCAGUUACCUGUCCUUUGAGCAAACUCCAACCCAGCCACAUGGGACCCUGGUCCCAGAAUCGGAUUCGGACUCGGACGAUAAAAAAGGAGACGGAAGGCGCAAGGCUCUAGUGUCCAAUUCUGACUUCCAUGAAUCAGGUCCAGCCUGUUCAACCUUCCUGAGUCCCACAAACAAAAUUGUCCCUGAAAGUGAGGAUGAAAGUCCCAUCACACCGCCGUCCUCGGCUAAAAACAGGCCUCACGGACAUGUCAGCUUCAGUAAGGAAGACCACGGCGUCCAACAGCAGCUAAAGAAUGAAAACACACUUGGAGUCGUGCACAACAAUGAAGAAGAAGAGGAGGAAGAAAGAGCAGCACUGGUGAGGAGUAAGUCUGAGGAAAGUGAACACUGUGAGUCAGGGAAACAUGAAAGCAAUGUCAGUCUUACUGGAGAGAAUGAGUUUCCCAAAUCUUCAGCGACAUUCUUGACAGAUCCGAUCCCUGUGUUUGACAUGGACAGUGACACUGAUGUGGAGGGAGAGGAGGAAAGAGGGGCAACUGCUGGCCCGGUGACCUUGAAUGCAAACCAACAAGCUGAUCAUCCACCAAACACAGCACAUUUUUAUAUAGACAGUGAUACCGAUGUCGAUGAGCCAGUUCACAAAUCAGCACCUUCCUCUGCGGACCACACAAAACCACUUCAUGUGAUUUCCGUUAUUCAGCCAGAAGGCAUCACCUUCGACAGUGACACUGAUGUGGAUGAGGAUGCUGUGUCAGAGGCUGCUAUUGUUACAGCGUCACUUCGAAGCACCAACGCAGUUGUGUCUUCCCCUUCUAAGCAGCGCAACAAUUUACACCUAGACAGUGACACAGAUAUUGAGGAGGAGGAGGAAGAAGAAAAUCAAUGGCGGAAAACUAGUUUGUGCUCUAAAAUAGAUGAAACUCCCCCUUUAUUAGAUAUCAAGUCAACUGGGCCAAAAUCAGCGCGAGACAGCGAGACGGAGGAUGGCGCUAUUCCUGCCCCGGCCAUCAGUGAACUCUCGGUGGUGUCUGCUGGCACCGAGUCCGUCACCACUGCAGAUUUAGGAGGUGUUUUAGGUUUUCUGUCUGACAGCGACACAGAUGUAGAAGACGAUUCUUCUCUGCUCAUGCCCGUUGUGGCCUCAAACUGGUCCAUCAAUCCGAGUAUAAUGUCAGGAGCUCUUCAGUCAGAUUCUGAUGCAGACAGGGAUGUUGAUGAAUCCAGCAUGUCCCCUGCUGGGGAUGGGGUCGAUCCAGCUGACCUCAGAGUGGACAGUGACACAGAUGUGGAAGAUGAGGAGAACCAGGUUCCAAGCCUGCGCAGAGAAAAUACUCCUGGGCUGUUGGUUCCCCUCCAGCAGAACUGCUCUACUCCUGUGCAGAUGUCGGGAGGAGAGCUGGAAAAUAUGGAGACCCAGGCGUUCCUGAUUCCUGCAUCAAGUCCAUUUGGGCAUUUGAGACCUAUGUCAUUGUCUCCCGGCUCAGCCAACCCGGAGGAUGACUUGUGUGUUGUGGCUGAGACCCAGUCGUUCCUUCUUCCUACCAGAGACUGUCAGGGAAACCCUUCAAAGAUCCACAGCGAGGACCCCAUUCAGUCCUCUGUUAGUGAAACAUGCAAACAGUCCACUAGAGGAGAGUCCUUCCAGCUGGGAUUGUCUGAAAGCAGCUACCUGGAGGGUCACGCCCAAGCUCUAGCCACAGAGAGCACCCAAGCCUUUGUGUCUGUGGUACAGGGUGUGAAUCUGGAAGAUACCCAAGCAUAUGCAGACACAACCUCCUUAGAGAACGAUUCUAAUCUGCAGGCACAUGGGGAUGAUCAGGAACCAGCCACAUGUUCAAAAAUGUCUGCAAAAGAGGGUCGUGUAGAUUUUUCCCUGGAAGCAACACAGGCUUAUAUUUCAGAGCCCAACAGUGAUUCAGAGGUUGAAACCGAUGAAGAUGAGAGAAUAAUCGCUGCUGCUGCUGAGACUCAACCUUUUUUUACCUCAUCUACUAUGGCUUUGGCUGAAACCCAACCAAUGUUUAACAUGGAGGAGGAGAGUUUGGAUCACAAAAAUCCUAUUCCCUCUGUACUACAAGUUAAGUCCAGCUCACAGCAUGUAACCAAAGAGAAAGAAGAACCGGUGGAGGCAGCUCAACCUGUGACUGAAACCCAGCCCAUGCAUGUCAGUGAGGACGAGGAAAUUGAUGGUGAGGAAUUGUUUCUACAAAAAGCAAAUCAACUGCGGCUUGAAGACCAGUCACAAACACUCACAAAAUCUGAGUCAUCACUUGCUGAAACGCAGCCAAUUGGUCAAGCUGAAACUCUGCCCAUGGCUACAAGUGGAAAAGAGGAAAGUGAUGUUUCACCGGAUUCGAUUCCAGGUCCACGAAAAAGAAAAGUAAAGCAAAUGUGGCUUGAAGAUGUGCAGAUACAAACACUGGCAAACACAGAGCUCUCUACUGUUGAAACUCAGCCAGUGGAUACAUGUACAGAUUCAGAAAGUGAUGAAGAGGACUCGACUCCAGGUCCACAAAAAAGGAGAGCAAAACUAUUGCAACUCGGAGACGAGACAGAGCCCCUCACAAGUUCUGCAGUUGUUGAAACUGAGCUAUUGGCUACAUGCAUGAGUGAAAAGAGAAAGGAUGAAGACACAACCCCAGGUCCUAGAAAAAGAAAAGCAAAGACACUGCCACUUGAAGAAGAGGAGACACAGCCCCUCACAGUGUCUGAAGUCUCUGCUGUUGAGUCUCAGCCUAUAGUCGCGGGGGAAGAAAGAGAAAGUGAUGAUGAGGACUCAAUUCCAGGUCCACGGAAAAGAACAGCAAAGCCAAUUCAAAAAGAGGACUCUACUGAAGGAUCUAAAGCUGUCACCCCGCCGCAGAGGGGAAAAGGUAGACAAACUGAAGCUGGAAGUAGUGGCACAACUACUGGAGGAGGAAGAAAAACAACAACAAGGGCACGACUAAGAGAAGAAGAGGAGCAGGCAGAGUGUUCUGAGCCUCCAAAGAGACGGAGAACCAGGGCGAUGAAGGCUUUGCCAAAUCCUACUUCUACAGUAAGUGGAGGAAAAGCAAGGCUUGAUGAGGAGGAGAGUGUAAAAGAGGAGGAGGUAGAGCAAGCUAAACAGGCCAGAGGGAAAACAUUUACGGUGGAUCCAAAAGAUAGCAAGCAAGAUGAGGAAACGCUUGAAACGGGGAGAAAAAACAUUGAAAAUUAUAUCUUGAAGAAACCAAAAGGGAGGGAAGAACAAUAUAAAACAUUAGAAAUGGAAAGAAAAGAUGAAGAAGAGCAUCACAGACGGCAGGCUGAAGAUGCAGAAAAGUUAAGACUUGAACAAGAGGGAGCAGAAAAAGAGCGAAUAGAGAGAGAAAGAAAGGAAGAAGAUGAAGAAGAAAUAGCCGAUAGGGCACAAAAGGAAAGAGAAGAACAUUUGAAGCAGAAAAGAAACAACGAGGAAGAAAAUGAGAGACAUGAAAAAGCAGCAAGAGAAGAGGAGAGAAUAGAAAAGGAAAGAGCAAAGGAAGAAAAAGAAAGAUUAGAGUGUGAAAAAGCCAAAAGAGAAGAGAAUGAAAGAACAGAAAAAAUAAGAAAGGAGGAUCAGGAGAAAUUACAAUGUGAAAAAGCAGAGAGAGAAAAGAAGGAAAUGGCAGAAAUGGAUAGAGAGGAAGAGGAGGAAAAGGAGAAAUUGAUGACAGCAAAGAGGGAACAAGAAGAAAGACUCGAGAGGGAGAGGAACGAACAAGAAAAAGAGGCCAAAGAAAAACAAACAAAAGAGCAACAAGGAAACCAGAAGGAAGAAAACAGCCCCAAAACAACCGCAACAGGUCGAAGAACUGCCAGGAGGACACGUGGUGCGCCGCGUACCACAGGGCCGCAUCAAGACUCGACCACGUCAGCCAAUGAUGACGUCCCGGCGAGGAGAACCCGGUCCCGCUCCAACUCUUCCAAUUCUGUAAGCUCAGAGAGGUCGGUUUCAAGUGUGAGCACCCAGGGGAGCAGUGGGAGAGGCCGAGGGGCGAAGAGGCAGGCAGCCAUCGCCACAAGCAGCAAUAGAAGGACUGUCGCUGCAGAGCCAACACAACGGGACAUUCAUGAUCUUUCUCCCCGGGGAGUCCGUUCAAGGUCCAACUCUGAGAUUUCCAGCUGCAGCUUGAGCUCUCACAGCAGAGGAAGAGGAGGUAGGCAGCGAGGAAGAGGGAGGAAAACGGAGUCCGACUCCAUCCCGCCUGCCGGUAGCCAAAGUGGCCAGAAUUUGGCUCUCGAACCUACAACCAGAGGAAGGAGAGGCAGGAAUGAAGUUCCCCCAGAGGAGGAGAAAGAGGAGGCAGAUUCUCAGCCGGCUAGUACCAUCAGAGGGCGACAGCGAGCUAAUGCAAACAGCCCUAAACCCGCAGCGGGAGAUCAGAAGUCCCCUUCGAGUCAAAGGUGUGCCAGAAAAGAUUCACCUCUGCCUAAAAGCAAUGUCUUGGGCAGAGGCCAGAAAGCAGUCAAGAGUGAGACUGUAGAGGUACCACCUGCUUCUGCAGUCAGUGAUGGGGAGGAGGCUAAGGAGAAAACAAAAGGAACAAAAAGAGAUUCAAAGGCGAAUGCAGAAGAGGAUUCCAGCCGGAGCUCCAAAAUAUCUGAAGUGAAGGAGCGAGCCCAAACAAUAGAAGAAGCACAAGAUAAGAGUCAAGUCCAAGUUGUGAGAAAAGGGAGAGCAUCCAGCGCUCAAGCUAAGAAGAAAGCAAACGUUUCCUCUGCUGAAUUGGUGGUGAAAGAAGAGAGUGAGGAAAUGGAAGAGGGGACAGUGCGGAGGAGAGUCAGAGGUCGUCCAUCAAUGGUCCAGAAACUGAAGAAAGAGAAGCAAGAAGAAAUGGACCAGGAUCCUCCUGUGGAGGCAUCUGAGCCCCAGACUCCGACCAGCAGCGUAUCCCGGAAGAGACCAGCGCUGACGGACUCCUCACCCGCGGCAAAGACCACUCGCUCCUCUUCUGCCUCACCGGCCGCCGGUGGUCAAUGGCGAGCUGCCAGACAGGCCUACAAGGUUCUGUUCACAGGCGUGGUGGAUGAAGAAGGGGAGAGAGUGUUGGCUCGUCUGGGAGGCAGCCUGGCUGAAGGAGUGGCAGACAUGAACUGUCUGGUGACCGAUAAGGUGCGCAGGACUGUCAAGUUCCUGUGUGCGUUGGCCAAAGGAGUCCCCAUUGUCACCACGCACUGGCUGGAAAGGAGUGGUAGGGCUGGGAGCUUCCUGCCUCCUAAUGCGUUUGUUGUGAAGGAUCCAGAGCAGGAAAAGAAGUUCAGUUUCUCCUUGCAGGAUUCCCUGGAGAUUGCCAGCAAUCAGCGUCUCCUACAGGGCUAUCGGAUCCAUGUCACUAAGUCAGUGAAACCAGAGCCAGUUCACAUGAAAGACAUCAUUUCUUGCAGUGGAGCUACCUUCCUUCCCAAAAUGCCCUCUUCUUACAAGCCUCAGACUGUGGUGAUUUCCUGUGAGGAGGACUUGCGGCUCUGUGGCACGGCGCUCUCUGAAUCCGUCCCAGUGGUCACAGCUGAGUUUAUUCUCACAGGGAUCCUUCGGCAGAAAGUUGACCUUGAGACCCACAAACUUUCGGCCCCUGCAAAUACGCCACAGCCUGCAGGCGGCAGGGGAAGGAGCAGGAAGAAGACUUAGCUCCACCCGGGUACGCUGUGUUAAAGAAUAACAUUGUUUGUGUGUAGCAAAUCUGCUUAAGUGGAGUAUUCUCAUCCCCCAUAAAUCAUCUUUCAAAUCAGAGACUUUUAGAAACAUUUGUGAGCAAGCUAUGAAAUACUUAAGGAAUGUAUCAAAGCAUAUUGUGGACGUAUCAUGGGUGUAUUUUAAGUGUCAGAUGUUGGACUGCAUUUGGUUUUGCAAGAGAAUGAUGGAAGAAAGAUCAUUUUGGACACUCACCAGGUCGCUCGUGGUAAGGUGUUCUUACAAUUGUACCCUUUUUACCUUUACAGUUGAAGAAAAAAAAUGUAAGUUUUAAAGUUGCAAAAGCUGUGAUGAUCUUGCUGCUAUGCAGGGUGGUAAAUAAUUACCCUUCAACCGUCCUUGUCACUUUUCACCUCCCGUCUUCCCUUCUUUUUGUCUCGAUGAAAAGGAGGAAUAAACACGCCUUCAGUGAGUUGCUGCUAAUCUCUUUGGGUGCUAAGUGCUUUGCCUCAAUGAGCCAGUUUAUUCAAGUGGGAGAUGCAUAAUCAUGUUUGGAUGGUGGCACAUAGCUAGCCAAUAAAAUUGUAAAAGUGCUUGUUUCCUGUCCUGAUAAGUGCACUAUGCCUUUUUUUAACGAAGUAAUCAUGAAACUACCAGUGUGUCUUAUCCACCCAACUCCAUUAACCACCACCACCAACUCCAUUAAGGCUUCAUCCAUUCCUAUUACAUUCAGGGAGAAGAUGCAAGCUAUCGGCACCUGAAGUUAGAAUCCAUACGUUUAUCUCCCAUGUGUUUAUGUAUACAUGUCACUAUGUUAAAGAAAGACCAAGGUACAGAACUCGCAUUUGGUUUCUUUCCCGACCCACCUUCAAUGUUACAUUUGUUCUGUCUGUAUCAUUUGGUGUUUUAAAGUCGGAAUCACUAGCUUGUAAUUAAGUUUCAUUUUAGAACAGUCUUACUGACAAGUUUAUAUCAAAAUCCAACUGUGAAACCUGUUGAUUACCGAUGAAAACAUUAAAUCAUGUC